AAUAUUGUCAUUCAGUGCUCCCGACGUUGUUUAUUCAUUUGAAAAUUCAAUAAUUAAUUUUCGAAUUUGAUACUUUACAUACAUACCUGGAAUUAUCAAGAAAACUUCAAUAUUUCUUCUGCUUUGAUCGUUAUGCAAUUUUAUGUCUUAUCCAUCUGAUAAUAGGUAACUUUUGCAUCAUAUCUUCAACAAAAAGAUGGAAUUUGAUGAUGAUGAUGAUGAAAGUGGUAGAACCUUUACUACCUUGACCAACUACUAUAACGAACCUAUGAAUGAUUCCAAAUUGCACUUUGAGAAGUUCCUCUUUGCUGGAGACAGUGAUAGUGAAGUAGAACAUGAGGAAAAUUUCACAUACUCUGAUGAUUCCAAUGGUUUUGAGGAAGAAGUCCAAGAUAUAGAAGAUCCUCUGAAUGUUUUAUCAGAUGCCUCUCAACAUUUUUCACAGGGAUCUGAAGAUUGGAGGAACUCAGAUUCGCAAUGUUUAACCUUAACUGAGCUAAUGAGAAUGAAUCGCAAUGAAAAAUUCCAGUUGUUACAAUUAUUUCAUAAAAUUAAAGACUUUCUUAUUGACAUUCAGAAUAGAAUGAAAAUAUUGAAAACAUCAUCACAAAAAAUUAGAACCAAAGAGAGUAUCAUGUUUUUAGGACAUGUGGGUGCUCCGUAUUUUAAAACUAAGAAAGAUAUGUUUUGUAGUGAUCCCAAUCCUGAUACAUUAGAUCGCAGGAAAAGGGGAUUACUCACAAUUUAUCAACAUGGAUUUCCAUCGAGAUGGUCUAAAACAGAAUGUGAUAACCUCACUAGAGGUGUGAAAUUAACUUAUAAUCUCAACAAGCAGAGAGCUAUAUUGAAGGACAUAGGAUAUUUAAGAAGGAAAAUUGUAGAGGAGACAGACUCGGCAAUUAUAUUGCAGAAAGAAUAUGAAAUUGAAAAAAAGGAAGGUGAAAUCAGGAAUCUCAAAGCAAUAGGAAUUGAAGAUGUGCCUCCAUUGUGCGAAGAUAAAUUUAUAGAUUGGGAACAUAUUUCAACAGAAUACUUAAUGGAGAAACAUACUGCCAAGGAGUGUUCUAUUUUCUGGCGUAUAUAUUUACAUCCCGACUUGAACAAGUCCAACUGGUCAACUAGGGAAAAUAAGGUCAUCAGGGAAUUGGCGGAAAAAUAUAAUUAUCAAGAUUGGGAUCGAAUUGCACAAGAGCUUGGUACUAAUCGUAGUGCUUUCACGAUUUUUAUCCAUUAUUCAAGUACUUUAUGCCAUCAGCCAAUCAAAAUGCGUUUCUCAGAAGAAGAAGAUCGAGCACUUUUGCAACAUAUUGAAAGCAAGAAAACUGGGGCCAUUAUUCCAUGGAAUACCAUUGCAGAAUUCUUUCCGAAUCGAUCUAAAAUCCAACUAAUUCAUAGGUAUAAAUAUUACUUGCGCAAUAUGUCUCAGUAUACCACCGAAUUUUCAGAUGCUGAAGACAUUUUGAUUCUUCUCCUGGUAGAACGUUUUGGUCGAAAUUACGUUCAGUUUCCAAAAUAUCUACCUUCGAAAUCAUACAUGCAGAUAAAAGCUAGAUAUGAUAAUCACUUGAGGUUCAACAGAGUGAAAGGAUCCUUUACUUUAGAAGAAGAUAGGCAAAUAAUGGAUCACUUCAGUAAUAAAAAAUUCGAAAUUACUCAUCUCUCUGCUCAUAUGAACCGAAAUAGACUCCAGUUAAGACAGAGGUAUAAAAAACUAACAGAGUUCUUCAAUAAACAUCCAGAUAAAUCCUUGGAAGAUGUGCGUAGAAGAUUUGGCAAGAAAAAUGAAACUUUCCGAAAGUUAGAAUUUUUGAAAUAUGUAGUAGAUCAAUUCAAAGAUCAAGUUGAUAUUCCCUCCCUCAGUGACAUUGAGAGUAAAUUGGGAAAGAAGAAAUCUAAAAAGAAUCAGAAUUUCGAUAACUUACUCGUUACUUUUUUUAGUUCUUCAUACACAAUAAAACAGAAAUCUUUUGAAACCUCUCUUUCCAAAAUUCAAAAAACUGCAGAACAAAUUCAUAGUAUAACUAAAAUAUUGGGGAUCAACCUUCGAAUUCCUGCCGAAAUAAAGAAAAAUAAUACAUUAGAUAUAGUUGAUAUAGAAAUAUUGAAUUUAUUGAGAGAAAAGGAAUAUACACAUAUGCCUAGACCCUCAAUUAAUGAAUUUCUUCCUCCUAACAUAAAUUCUCUGAUUGGUUUGAGAGGUUUGUUACUGAAAAAUCAAUCAUAUAAGAGAAUGAAAAAUAAAGAAACAGUAAUUUACAGAGGUCCAGCAUUGAUGAAUUUGCAGAAACAUAAUUUAACUUCUGAACUUGAUGAUUUUCUAAAAAGUAAGGACAGUAAUACUCAAAGUAUGAUACUUUUUGAAAGAAAUCUUUUUUUGAAAAGAUUCAUAUCUAUGUUUAUGUGGCCAGCAUUACUCUCAAUUGAGUCUCCAAGCUCAUGUUUAUUGGAAAAGGAAUUUGGGCUCAAUAAUUCAAAUCAUUCGAAAGAGACAAACAAAAAAAAUAACACAAGUGAAAAUAAAUUAUUGAAAAGAAAACUUGAUGGGAAUAUUGAUAUACCAUUACCAAAAAAGACUUCAAGGACUUCACCUGAUGAUAGUGAUAAAAGUAAAUGCAACCAUGAUUCUACGCAACCAAUAAGAUCAAGUUCCCGACUGAGAGAUAAGAAGAGAAUAUCAGAGAAAAUAAGUUUGCAGGCGAAAAUAACUGAAGAAGAUAUCGAAACUAGUAAACUUUCUGGACAACAAUCAAACUCUUGUAAAGAAGUUGAGGAAUCUAUAAAUGUCCGAAGUAACGCAAAUUCCAAGGAUAAGUUAUGUGAAUCUAAUAAAAAUAAACAAGUCAUUCUUUCUAAUCUAGUUAGAGUUGACAAAAAUGAAGUAAUGAAGUUAUUGCAGAAUAAGAAACCUAUCAAAAUAAUCAAAAUUCAGUGCAUAAAAGAACAAGAUGGUUCUUUGCCUACUCGAUCACAACCUUCCCAUUCAAAAACAGAUAAUGAAUCGAAAAAUAUUCAAAAUCUAAAAAAUGUAGAAGCUUCAAGUUCAAUUACUUCUGCUGAUAAUACAAAGAAUAAUGAUAAUACAAACUCUCUAACUAUCAGCCAAAAUUCAAAUUCUCCUGGUAAUAGGUUAUUGAAUUUGUAUGAAAUGAAGAACACAUUGAACAAUUCCUUUAAAAAUGGUAUAAGGGGUAAACCCACUUCGAAAAUUAGUAAUAAUGAUGAUGCAGAGGAUAUCCUUAAGCUUGAUGAUUUACUGAAUAAUGUUGAGGAUGAAGAUAGUAUAAUUGAUUUGACUGAAACAGAAGUUAUGAAAAAUGAAGUAGAACAACUGGAUCAACUCAUAAAACAAGAAAAAUCCUUAAGUUUAUUUUGAAUUUAGAAGAAAAAUUUUUAAUAAUUUUAAGAAAAUGUGUUUUUAUUCUCUUGUUUUUUGACUGUGUUAUGGUUAUUUAUUAUUUAUAAAGAAUGAAUAUUUAAGUUAGAUAAUUUGAGAAAUAAAUGUUUUGUGAAA